AUGAUAAAUGUUGACCGUGUUGCCAUCGGCAACAAUACUGAACAAUCAUUAUGGCUAAUUACCUGUGCAAUAAAUGAAAUAAAAAGAAAACAACGAUUUCAAAUUCAGAACGCUGUUGUUGGUGGUAUUUGUUCUUGUUAUAAAAAACCAGGUCGCGCAAUCAUGCAGAUUUUACUGAAACCAAUUAUUAAUCAAUUAUUAUUACUUGGAGAACAACAACAUUUAUUUCAAAUCAAAGUAGUCAAGAAUGAAUAUAAAUUGAUCCGCGAAACGGUGUUGUCAGAUUCAAAUGACCAGAUAGCACAGAAUAAAUCAUUGCCAACCGACAAAAAAUCAAGAAAAGAUACACAUAAAAUUCGCGUUUUUCCGAUGAAUGAAGACAGUCAAAUUCAGUUACGUUCAACAGCACGAUGUCAAUUAAUCCUCAAUAAACUGUCAAAACUAAAACAUAAUAAACAAUGUUUAGAUGAUGAAAAAGAAUCAAAUUUACGAUUAGGCUAUUCUGGCAAAUGCAGUUUGACAGAUUGA